AUGGAGGUAGACGACAACCAGCACCCCGCAUCAUACUCCCUUCAACCUACCAAUGCACUCGCAGGCCCCUCCUCUCAGCCCGAGCUCCCCCCCAUAUACCUCCUGCCACCAGGCACAGCCCAGCCCCGUCCACUACUAACUAGCACCCAGGAUCUAAUAUCGAGAUUCCAGCUUCUGCCAGCGUAUGACAAGUACGUGCGGCCGUAUGCCCUCCCCGUAGGUCAGCAACCGCCCACCGCCGGCACCCUCGACAAGGGCAAAGGCAAAGAGAAGGAACUCUCGCUCCCGCCAAAUGCAACACCUGGAGCAGCGCAAGAGGGCGAGGAUGAGGAGGGAAAAGGCGAGAAGAAGUCAAAGAAUACUUACAGGCAGCUCAUCAAGGGUAUUCCUGGAAAACAUUCCAUGAAAAAAGAUACAUAUUUGUUGGAUAUGAUACAAGUUCCUCCAAAGCAACAAAUCGCCAUCACCCCGUUUGACUUGAGGACGCAGCGAGACGCAUUCUCUGUUAGCUUAGAAGGCCUCAAAAGCUGGAACAUCAACACUUUGGUUGCUGAAUCACCGCAGGCGCGUGAAGAUCGGAAAAAACGGAAGGAACUGAAGAAACUAGCAAAGGCGCAAGCUCAAGUACCGCUGACACUAGCAAGUGGCGGUGUACCGGAUUCUUCGGCCUCUUCCAUCUUGACCUCCGCGCAGGCGACUACGACCGCCACGACUCGUUCGGGGACACCCAAACCGGGUGGUAAUUCGUCGCGGUCCUCAGCAAUACCUAAUCCCAGUAAUCCUCGUGGGCGGACACCCGUCGGUAUUGGGACGCCACAGUCUAUUCCAACUCCCGGCCCCACUACCACAUCUAGCGUCACCUCUGGCCCUAGUCCCGCCAUAGCGACUGCGUCAAUGCCGGUGCGGGUUGCUCAAGUUGGCCCUGUGCUUCCUGUGCAGGCCGGCCCAGAUCCCAAUGUCCCGCCGCGAGGCGUUAAGCGCGAGCGCGAGCACUCUAUUGAUAGAGCUCAGGUACAAGCCGGUGUGAAUGGAAGUGGGGCCGGUGCGGUGGGUACGCAUAGUCAGAGCGCACAUUCGAAUGGAAAUGUGGUAGUGCAGGGGAAGUCAGCAGCAAUUGUGGGGGCAAAGGCAGGCAGUGCGGGUGUGCGCCCAAGACCGCUUAAACGGCCCCGUAUGGAUAUACAGGGACAACCGUUGCCUGUCCAGCAACCAACGCCGCACGCAUAG